CCGGGUGCCUUCAGGAUUCUUUGGUUUAGCUGCGGUAGAUAAAUCACCAUUGUCCCGGGAGCCCCCCGGGGGCACUCCUAUCCUGAAGAUAAACAUGACUGGAAGAGCCAGAGUGAGAGCCCGAGGAGUCUACAGAAGUUCAGAAUCCAGGCUAUCUGGACAAUCGCAGUCUUCGGCAUGGAGUCAUCUUGCUGCGAAAGACAGAGAAGCUGCGACCAGCUCUGGUCUCCUGGGAAUUAAGAGGAUUCCACAGAAAUCUGAAGAAGGCAUAUCUGCUGGAGAUGGGGCCGAAUGUACUCUUGUCCAAAGAGGAGGGAGAACCCAGCACAGAAAUUUUCUGGAAUUGGGAAUCCACACCAGAGAGAAGUUGGAACACGUCAAAGACUGUAAAACAGGUACCAGUGGUGCUCCGGUGAAACUGGUCACUAACAUCUUUAAUCUAGCUUUGCCCAGAGAGUGGCAUCUCUUCCAGUACCAUGUGACCUUCAGUCCUGAGUUAGCAUCCAAACGCCUGAGAAUUGCCUUGCUUUGCAGUCACAGUAAAUUCCAGAAAAAGGCCAAAGUCUUUGAUGGUUCCAUACUUUUUCUAUCAGAAAAGCUAGAAGAAAAGGUCACAACAUUGUCAGGUGAAACUAGACCAGGCAUUUGUAUAACAAUUACUGUUACAUUAACCAGUGAGCUGCCAUCGUGCUCCCCUGUGUGCAUUCAGUUUUUCAAUAUUAUCUUCAGAAAGAUCUUAAAGAAGCUGUCUAUGUACCAAAUUGGACGGAACUUCUACAGCCCUGUAGAUCCAGUGGAAAUUCCUCAACACAAACUGUCCCUGUGGCCUGGAUUUGCCAUUUCUGUCUCACAGCUUGAAAAUAAGCUCAUGUUUACUGCCAACGUGACCCAUAAAGUCUUGCGCAAUGAGACCGUUCUGGAAUUCAUGACCGAUCUCUAUAACAGGAAGGACAAGUCACGCUUCAUAGAGACGUGUGAAAAGGAGUUGCUCGGAUCCGUUGUCCUCACCAGGUACAAUAACAAAACGUACCGGAUCGAUGACAUUGACUGGUCUGUGAAACCGACCGACACCUUUCAGAAACGAGAUGGCACCAGGAUCACCUAUUUUGAUUAUUAUAAACAGCAAUAUGAUAUCAAGUUGUCCGACCUAAACCAGCCAAUGCUUGUUAGUCAGUUGAAACGUAAGGGAACUGGCAAUGAGGAAGCCCGGAUUGCUCACCUGAUUCCUGAGCUCUGCUAUUUUACAGGUUUGAGCAAAAGAAUGACUUCAGAUUUCCGCUUGAUGAAAGACCUGGCUACAAAUACUCAUCUAAACCCUCUUUUAAGGCAACAGAGAUUAUCUAGACUUGCUGAUAACAUUCAGAGAAACAAGGAGGCUCGUUUUGAACUAGAGACCUGGGGACUACAGUUUGGAUGCCAGAUGUCUCUCACAGGCCGAGUAGUACCUUCAGAAAAAAUACUAAUGCAGGACACUAUAUGUCAGCCCAUGUCUUCUGCUAAUUGGUCGAAGGACAUGCGCAACUGCAAGCUAUUGGGAGCACGGGCUUUGAACAACUGGCUAAUCGUGUGUAGCCACAGAAAUGAAGAUGUAGCCGAGAACCUCCUGAAUUGCUUGAGAAGAGUGAGCGGUCCUAUGGGAUUUCACAUUGAGAAGCCCAAAAUCACAAAAGUACAAGAAAACACAACUGCAUUUAUACGAGCAAUACAACAGCAUACAAAUCUUGACCUACAAUUGGUAAUGUGUAUCCUUCCUUCAAAUCAGAAGGACUGCUAUGAUUCAAUUAAAAGAUUUUUGAGCCUGGAUCAUCCAGUCCCAAGUCAAUGUGUUCUAGCUCGAACCCUGAUCCGGCAGGGAAUGAUGAUGAGUAUCGCCACAAAGAUUGCAAUGCAGAUGGUUUCCAAGCUUGGAGGAGAGUUGUGGGCAGUAGAGAUACCGCUCAAGUCGCUCAUGGUUGUUGGGAUUGAUGUCAACAAAGAAGCAUGUGCUAAAGGACGUUCGGCAGUCGGAUUUGUAGCCAGCAGCAACUCCAGAAUUACUAGGUGGUUUUCCCGUUGUAUCCUUCAGAACACAAAGACGAAUAUUGCAGAUUGUUUGAAAGUUUGCAUGAAAGGAGCACUUGACAAAUGGUAUAGAUAUAAUCAUUGUUUUCCAACACGCAUCAUAGUAUAUCGUGAUGGUGUUGGGGAUGGUCAGCUACAGACCAUUGUGGAUUAUGAAGUUCCACAGCUACUGAGCAGCCUCAGAGAUUCCAAUCCUAAUUAUAGCCCCAAAGUGUCAGUGAUUGUGGUGAGAAAGUCGUGCAUGCCCAGAUUCUUUACUGAAAUGAACAGCACACUGCAAAAUCCACCACUGGGUACUGUGGUAGAUUCGGAGGCAACACGUCCUGAAUGGUAUGAUUUUUACUUGAUCAGUCAGGCUGCUUAUCAGGGAACUGUUACUCCAACAUAUUAUAAUGUGAUCUACGAUGAUAAUGGAUUAAAACCAGACCACAUGCAGCGGCUGACCUAUAAGUUAUGCCACCUCUAUUACAACUGGCCUGGCUUAAUUAAGAUCCCAGCACCAUGUCAGUAUGCUCAUAAACUGACCUUUUUGGUGGGACAAAGUAUCCACAGAGAACCCAGCAUGGAAUUAGCUGACUAUCUUUUCUACCUGUGAUGAAGAGAGCACUUAGCCCCACGGGGAGAACCAUUUCAGUUGUGAUUCUUUGUACAGACUUCUUGUCAUCUCCGGCCCAUCAAGGUGAUAAGACAACCGAGUUCUGUUUCAUUUCCAAAGAGAACUAGAGUGUGGAAAGGUCUCAUAAAAAGUUCCUCUUCUUUCAGUGACUAGGAAAAACCCUCAGUGUGGUAAAGGGUAGUUCAUGCCUCCUGUUACCUGUAAUGGAUGAAACACCACUAACAUCUCCAACAAGGGAGGCUUUGAGUCUGGGUGUUUAUAGAAGUUUGUGGGUGAAACCAAUGGGCCUCGGGUUUUAUUCAGCAUUUAAAGAGGAACUUUUUUGUGAACCCUAUUUUCCUAUGUUGUUUUGGUUAAAAUAAAUAAAAGCUACU